AUGGCAACUGGUCCGUCGGUUAUCAGCGAUAUGGCCUCUUAUCAGGAUUUGGAUACUCAAUUACGGUCUGGAAUUGAUUUGAUACAAGAUGCAUACACUCGACAGGCUGCAGCUUUGAAGCAUGAGGUUGCACAUUGGAAACAUACUGCCUCGCAUCAUAAAGACCAGAACUCGGCCUUGGAUGCUCAGGUUGCAGCUCUUACUCGCAGAGUGGCAGAACUUGAGCGAGCAUUGUCAACACAAGCUUCAGAAAAAAAGGCAUUGAUUGCUUCCAAGAGUGCGCUGAUGGACAGAUACAAUUUGAUCAAAAAAAGUGCAUCCCAGCUGGAAGCAUUCAGAAAGUCUAUUGUAAGCAUGGUUGAAUUUAGUCCUGCUGCUCAACCACUUUUAUCGUUGGAUUCAGAUUCUCGGAAUAUAGAUGGCGAGUAUUUACACACUCCAAGUAAACCAGAUCUUACCCGAAACAAUGGGAAUUAUGGUAAUAUGCUGUCCAUGCCGCCUCAAAACCUUUCUGAUGGAACUUAUCAGCUAUCAUCACAACCACACGUACGUAAGAACGAACCUUGUAGUCAAGCAGAAAAUUCGGGCAGAUAUACGACAGGUCCUAUUUUAUUAGAACAUCUUCAUCCCUUUGGUGAAAGCUCUGAUUCGCGUGGGCAUCGGAAUGAGAAAACAGAAGAUUCAGGUGUGUCUUCAGGUGAAUCUGCUGGACUUGGAGGGUCUAUUGGGCAGCAGCGUAAUACUUUGGAAAAUAGAACAUCCAAUCUAUUUGGCACUGGGUCAGCUGCACUUGAUGGGUUCAAGAGCAAUGGAUCUUCUGGUGUCGAUGACGAUGCCAUCACCUGUAUGACUAAUCCACAAGGCCAAGACAAAGUAGAUCCGCUUUCAAUGCAAGAUUUUAAUUCAAAUCUACCAGACCAUGCCAAUCUAGGACAUGACUCGACAUCCUAUUUUGAUCAUAAUAACACGUUGCGCUCAUUGGAUAUUAGUACACAGGCACUAGACUACUCGUUGGCAUCUAUGACAACACAAGAUAAAUCGGGAGCGGGGACUGUCGAUGUUUUGGCUUCUAGUAAAUCACAUCCAAAUCCUUCAAAUAACCAUCAACAUCGACUUUAUUCUGGGGAUAUGGUUAUAAAAAAUAGUGUAAAAGGCGGGGCCACGAGGAAUACUGUAGAUGAUGGCAUUGCAGGCCAAACCAAUAACGACACCCGACGCGUAAGUUCGAAUGGAUUAGAUGUACUAAUCAAUCGCCGGUCAGAACAGCGAUCAGGAGGCUUUACAAAGCAUACCAAGUCACUUUCAAACGGACCGUCAUCAACAGCUCACCCAGAAUCAAGUGACACGCUACCCUUUUCAAAAUCAACACAAUCACGGACUUCGUAUCUGGCUUCAUCAAAUGGUGCACACUCGGCUUUUAAUCGACGUAGCGUAGAGGAAUUAAACUCUGGCACUGAGACUCAAGAAACUGAUUCACCGCACAUGGAUGCUCCAACAUUAUAUCGACAUAUUCGAGAUAUUCUCACACCGUCAUCGUUUGAGCUGUUUGCCACUGCAGUCGCUGCAUUUAAUGCAGGACGUGUUUCUGCAUCAGACACAGUUGCACAAGUGCAUCGAAUUGUUGGACCUGGAGAGUUGAGUAAUCAAAUGAGUCGAUUGAUAUACGAGGCUAUGAGGGAAAGUACCACCAGCACUAAUACAGCAUAG